AUGAGCAAGUUACGCGUCUUGUGUCUGCACGGAUACCGUCAAGAUGGUCUCAAACUCCGCGGUCGCAUUGCGGCAUUGCGCAGGGCGUUCAAGACCAGUGUCGAGUUUGUCUGUCUCGAUGCACCGUUCGCUGUGCCUUAUGAGCCCACGUCACUCGAUCAUGCCAACUCGGAUAGUAGCAAAGCCGGCGAGAAGGUAAAGCAAUUAACGUGGUUCGACUUUAGUCGCGAUGACGACGAUCGAGGACACGAACGCCUCGAGCGCGUGGACGAGUCGAUCGCGUACGUUGCCAACUAUGUGAAGGAAGAAGGACCUUUUGACGGCAUUUUCGGAUUCAGUCAAGGGGGCACCCUUGCGUCGUUGAUCCUGCAAAGACAAAUGAGCACUUCGGCCACGCCAUUUGCCUUCCGCUUUGCGUUCUUCGUGUCAGCAGGAGCGUGCAGCGAUCCAACGUACGCGAGCAACGUGCAGGUUGAUCUGCCAUCGCUACAUGUUAUUGGCGAGUCAGAUGCCGUAGUGAACAACGAACGGAGUCUCGCUCUCAAGGGUCUUUUCACUCAUGCCAAGCUGCUGCUACAUCCUGGAGGCCACUACAUACCCACGAACAAGGGGCCGAAAGACGCGUUUCGAGCAUUCUUCAACGACCUCCGCGACGCUCGCGAGACGAAGCAGUAG